GCACGCAUUCGCAUAACCAUAACCAGCAGGCAGUUGCAGUUGAUUCACUCACUCCAUUAUUAUUUGAGAGCGGUGAAUCAAUACCCCAAUACAAACAGCCGACAUUUAAUUUAGCGAGCGAAUUGGAAGAACCCACCACAUUUUCCAUUCCUGUUUUCUUGGUUCAAAUUUUCUCUCUUAGAUACCUAUGCGCACACCACCUCCUCUCCUCUGUGUCUCUCUAACUUGAUCUUUUUCUUCAUCAAGUUACUGUUACUUCAAUCAUCAUUUAUGCAGAGUAAGACUGACUCAUAAUAGAGUCAUGAAUCACUUUGAAAGUGGCUCGGAGGAGAUGGGUAGAUGAUAUUGGAGUAAUUCAUGAGAUGGAUGGUCAAUGAUUGCCAACAAAAAUACGUUUCUUUAAUUUAAUUCCGGAACAACUUAGGACCUGCCUUCUUCCUCUCUUAUAUUAUUAUUAUAGUCGUACUAUUAUUUGUCUUCAGCCAGCGAGCGAGCAAGCAAGACUCCAUCAGCUGCCACCCCAUCUCACCGAUUUGAUUUGAUUUGAUUCUUGUGUUUAGAAUUUUGAUUGAUUGAUUGAUACUAGUAUCAGCACUAGUACCACCACAGCCUCACUCAGACUCAGACUCAGACUCACACCAGUCAACGGCAAAGAGAAGGAGAUAUAUAGAGAGAGAGAGAGAAGCCACCUAUUCCCACUUGCUCAAAAUACUCACACACCACAGUACAGCACAACACAAGGUCCUAACUUCUUCCUUGCUUGGCUCCUUUUCUUUUCUUUUUUUUUUUCUUUCCAAAAGAAAAGAAAAGAGAUCAACAUCAUACAUACAUAAUACUUUUCUUCUCCGCUCUCUGCAAUCUUGGCGAAUUGGUUGGGACAAUGUUUGCUGCCUGCUGCUACUACUUCUUCUACUGCCCAAUAAGAAGAAGAAGAAGAAGACUCUCUUCAACUUCAACUUCCCUCCCCAACAACUAAUUAACUAACCACAAACAAACUCCACCUCAUCCUUCAUCCACUUAUCAUGGAAUUUAUGGAGUCCGCACAUACCAAGAAUCCCGGAGGAGGAAAUACUAUUACUAAUACUAGUACUAAUGGCACUGGCAACUCAGAUCACCAUGAAGCAUCCGCCGCCGCUGCAGCCUCCUCCCUGCAACUCGCCUCCCCACGCCACCGCCUUCACCACCAAAGUCAACCCGAAACCGGUUCAGCCCCAGCCCCAGCCCCACCUUCCCUGCACGGCCCCUUCAUGGGCUCCAUCUCCAUCUCCAGAACCCUAGCCCACUCCUCUUCUUCCUCUCCCUCUCCAUCCUCCUCUAACGCCAACGCCAACAACAACGAUGACGCCAGCAACAACCACCACAACCAUAACCUUAAUAAUAACAAAGUGGCGACGGCAAAGAAACCCUCCAAAGAUCGCCACACCAAGGUGGACGGCCGAGGGCGGCGCAUACGCAUGCCCGCCUUAUGCGCCGCCCGCGUCUUUCAGCUUACAAGAGAAUUGGGCCACAAGUCCGACGGCGAAACCAUUGAGUGGUUGCUACACCAAUCCGAACCCGCCAUCCUAGCCGCCACCGGCACAGGCACUAUUCCAGCCAACUUCUCCACCCUCAACGUCUCCUUGCGCAGGAGCGGCACCACCAUCUCCGCUCCACCCUCCAAAUCCGCCCCUCUCUUCCCCGGCGGCAUGCUGGGCUUCCACCACCAUCAGCUCACCUCCAAUUCCUCUUUCGGCGCCCAAGACCCCGAUGAGAAUUUCAUCAAGAAACGCUUCAGAGAGGAUACAAGCGGUGCAACCUCGCCUAAGCCAACUCACGACCAAGAAUCGGGAUCAGACCCUAAAUCCGGAUCUUCUCAGCCCUCGAAUUUUAUACCGGCUCCCGCUAUGUGGGCUGUGGCCCCUGCCGCUGCAAACGUUGGGAACGCCUUCUGGAUGCUUCCGGUUACCGGAGGCGGCGCCGCCACGGCGCCAGUAGGACAGCAAGAGUGGCCGUACAAGGCAUCUUCUAUACAAAGAAUUGGCGGGUUCGAGUUCCCUGGAGCAGGGCGUUUCAACCCCGUUCAGCUAGCAGCGGGAUCAAUGGUGCUGCAGCAGCCACAGCCACAGCCGGGCUUAGGCGUUACGGAAACAAACAUGGGAAUGCUGGCUUCAAUCAAUGCAUACAAUAGUGGCCACAGUAGGAUUGACUUGGGCAUGAAUUUGGAGCAUCAACACCACCAGAGUCAGCCCCAGUCCCAGCGCAGCGACAGCGGCGAUGAAAACCCUAAAGAUGAUUCCUUAUAAAAUAUUCAAGUUUGCACAAACUUUCUGUAUUAUUCUGGGAUUUAAUUUCUUGGAUCAAUGAUUGCAGUACUAUUCUUAUCCAUCAAUCUUUUCUGAAAACCAGGUUAAAAUUUCCAAUUA